AUGGAUUCUCUUGUGAAGAUGGUGUUCUUCAAUUUCACACUCUUCUUUUGUCUCGGAAUGGCUAUGGCCGGACAGGAGAACUCCAUUAUUGAGCCGUCGAGUAGGGAAGACUCCGUGAAUUGGGCUGGAUAUGGCGAAGAGAAGCUCUCAACGGUUGUGAUCAAUGGCAAAGUUAUUUGCCACAGCAAAGCUUCUAUGCGAAUGAAUCCUAUCUCGGGUGCUUCGGUGGCUGUUUUAUGUGGCACCAACGGGGCGACAAGUAAAUCAUGGGCAGAGGGCACAACGGACGAUCACGGGGAAUUCUUCAUUGAUCUUCCGUCCCAUCUUCAUGCAAUUCCAAACUUGGAAAGUAUCUGUUGUGUUAAAGUUCAUCAUCUGCCAGAGAGUUCUCCCUGCCGGCAAUCUUUCACUGAGAAACAUAAAGGUAUAAAACUGACAUCAAUUGGUGAAGGCAUCCGUACUUACACAACACAUAAUAUUCGUUUGAUGCCUCACAAGCGCGCAUGA